GCGUGCCCCGAAGCUGUUAAGGAUGCCACGGUUGAGUGCAAAACCCCAAUGCAUGUAUGUGGCGAUUGAGUCAAGGAGUUUUGAGGCUUUCGGAGUGAUUUUUGGUUGGCUUUGGAGGACUGGUAAGAUUAAUCUUUUAAACAUGCAAUGGAAGAUAUCAACCGCAACACUGCACUUGGUCUGGCUGCAAAAGAGUACUAUAUUCACUUUCCUGAUGAGUUUGGAGAGUUUGGUGUGGAGAGGCCAGAAAUAAUCCGAAAAACAUUCGAAAGAAUCCGUACAGAAAUGAAAGACAACGCAAAGGAAAGGGGGAAGUUAACCCGCAUCACAUUCUUCCUAUCAUGGGAGACACCCAUGCAAAAGCUCAUCCGUUACUCCGCACACGUCCACAAAGGCAUGUCAAUGGACAUUCGGAACGUGGCGCUAGUGGUGGCGGUGCUGGUAGCCACCGCCGCCUAUCAAGCAACUCUCACGCCCCCCGACGCCGUCUUGCCAAGCAACGAUGAUCCCACUUCUCCCAUUUCCAGUAGCGUGGUUCCCCACAAGCAUCAUUUCAAAGUGUUUGUAAUUAUGAACACAUUGGCCUUCAAUCUCGCAAUAGGGGUGAUGCUAUUCGUGCUCCCCUUUGUUCUCUACAGCGUUUUCCUACACUUGGCUUUGUAUUUCAUGUCCGUCAGCUUCCUCACCAUGAUGCACGUGACCGGCGGAGCAGAGCACAAGCCCAUGGCCUCGGUGUUAAUGUAUAUCUCUUUGGUGCUGUUUAGCAUUACUUAUUGUGCACGCUUCUUUAUUGCUUCCUUAAAGACGGUCUUAUGGUCUCCGUGGUGGAUGGCAAUGCCGUAUCGUAUGCUGUGCAAGCUUAUUAAGUACAUGGGCAUGAAAGAUGGUUUUAAUCAGCUUGAGCUGCAGAUACGGACUGUGGGCUGGUCAGACGAUCCCCAUGGCUCCUAUUAUAGCUAG